AUGUGGAAGUUCCUUCUCUGCUCAGCACUGUUUACUGCCCUGACCAGCGCACUCAUCAUUCCUUCGAAUAUCAUGUUGCAACUUCACGAGGAUCCUAACUUUCACUACGAAGCCAUACGAGCCAUCGGCACGGCUCGCUACAAUGGCGCUGAUAUCUCAGAAUGGAGCAACCUGGCAGAACGAGUCCUUUCCACUAUUGACGAGUCGAAGCUCGAGACUUACUCACCGAUCACUUUGCGAGACAUCUACUUUCGCGCAAGCCACGACUUCUUCAUCGCCGACUUCUUUCUCCAUGGCAAUCCGGCCGACCCACGCAUGGCCGAGAUGUUCCAGAAUCAUGGCUUCGAGAUUCCUUUGAUCAUCUACCGAGCGGCCGAGGCAUCGAAGUCGGUCCCCAGGCCUACCCUGAUCAUCGGCGGUGGAUUUGACCGUAACAUGGAGGAGACUCUGCAUGACUUUGGAUUCGCGGCGCUCGAAAGAGAAUACAAUGUAAUCCUGUAUGAGGGUCCAGGCAUGCCACGGCUACUCCACCAACAGAAGAAAGGCUUUAUCCACGAUUGGGAGAAGGUGGUGAGUCCUAUCAUGGACUACAUCGAGACAAACAAGAACGGCAGCUUGUCGUUCGUGGACUCUUCCAAGAUCGGGCUGAUCGGGAUGAGUCUAGGCGGCUAUCUGGCCGCACGAGCCGCUGCGUUUGAGCCUCGUCUUGCAGCGGUGAUAUGCCUCGACGGCGUUUUUGCAUUCAUGCCGGCACUCGAAUCUGCGAUGCCAGAGAGACUGGCCUGCCCAACUCGUCCACUGGCCGACGAUGGUACUUAUUCGCUCCAGACGAAGACGGUUGUCGAGUUCUUUUCCAGGAUUCCAGCCUGGGAUUUGACCGGCGUUGCGGGUAACAUACAGAUGCCAGCUUUGAUCGGCCUUGCUGAAGAUGAUUUGUUCUUCAAAGGACAGCCGGAAAAGGUGGCGGAAGCGAUUGGAUUCAGGGCGACGUUGGUGUAUUUUGGACCUGAUCAGGCGGCCCAUUUACACGUUGCGAGUGGUGCUUUGAGGUAUCAAAACCAGGCCAUCUUCGAGUGGUUCGCCGGAGUGCUUGAUUGA